AUGCACCAGCAAAUCCCACAUUCAACGUUCGAUCAGCCGUACACCAUUCACACUUCCUUACUAUUCAACUCCCGUACUCUCAAAUUCGAUCAUGAUCAAUCUGUACGUGUCAAUCCCAAGACCGGUCGAAUCAUCUCAGUCACUCCUACACCACCCAAUCUCGGUACCGUCGAUCAUCCAGACCUCGAUCUGAGGGGAUUUACAGUUUUACCAGGACUGGUCGAUGCUCAUGCCCACGUUCUUGUCCAUCCGUACACGGAAACUCCGGCAUUAUAUCAAGAACGAGAUGAAUCCUUGACUGAGCGUAUCCUUAGGGCUGGAAAUAAUGCCAGAGCAGGUUUGAAAGCUGGAUUCACCACCUACCGUGAUCUAGGCACGGAGAGUGCCCUCAACGCCGAUAUCGGUGUGAGAGAUGCUAUUAACAGGGGAAUUAUACCUGGACCUAGAUUGUUCGUCGCUACUGAGGCAUUGGGAAGUUCAGAUGGUUAUCAGAUCAGACAGGAGAAUAGGAUUGGUGGAACGACUGUACCGAGACUAUCAGAAGAAUGUGAUGGUGUUGACGGUGUGAAAGCAGGAGUAAGAAGGAGGUUAGGUGCUGGCGCAGAUGUCAUAAAGCUCUACGCAGAAUAUCGAAGAAGGACUUUACGAUUCCCUCAACCUACUUGGCCUGGGUCAAAGGCUAUAAGAUAUCCACCAUAUGCUACAGGUGAAGAAGGGAACCCAAUACUCACGCCGAUGAACCCACCUUCAACACUCUUCGAUCAAGAAGAGAUGAAUGCGAUUGUCCGAGAAGCCAAAAGGGCUAAAUGUCCCGUAGCAUCACAUGCAAGUACGCCCGACGCUGUCAUCAUGGCUUCCAACGCUGGUGUCACCUCAAUUGAACAUGGCUCAAUGCCCUCAGAAGAAUCAUUGAAAACAAUGAAAAAGAACAAUACCAUUUAUGUGCCUACUUUGUGUGUUGCAGAUAUAGAGAUGAAGAAUGACCAGAGAUCUAGGAAAGCGGUGUUGGUACAUGCCAGAAAGGCGAAUGAAAUGGGCAUCAGGAUGGCUACAGGAGGCGAUACAGGUGAAUCUCCUCAUGGGAAUAACGUAAGAGAAUUGGAAUUGUUCUUAGAAGCAGGAAUCUCACUGGAAGAUACUCUUCGAGCGGCUACGUUGGGAGGAUGGGAAGCGUGCGGAGGUGAUUGGUGUGGAUAUCGGUUUGGCUGGGUGGGUGAAGGUUGGCAAGCGGAUUUGGUGGUCCUAGAGGGCGAUUUGAGGAAGGAUACAGGAGCAUUGAGAAGAGUAGAGAUAGUGAUUAAGGAUGGUAAUGUUGUUGUCGAUGAGGGAAUCAUAGUAGAGUAA